UUACAUUUCCGCAGUUGCAGUCUUGUUCUAUUCGUUAUUCUGAUCAGACCGUAUAAAGUGAAUUUCAGUUAAAAUGUUAGAACUGGUAGUUAUUGCGCUGUCGCUAUUGGUAGUUUACUUCUACUGGAGUGCUAAUUAUUGGGCAAGAAAGGGAGUGAAGGCACCCGCGCCACUGCCGAUCGUGGGAAAUAUGUUGGAUUAUGUGCGAGCGCGGAAACACUAUGGACAAGUUUACCAGGAUAUUUACAAUUCAUUUCCCAAUGCUGCUUACGUUGGAAUUUAUCGACUAUUCAACGAGCCCGCGAUCCUAGUCCGUGAUUCAGAAGUACUGAAAGAUGUUUUCAUCAAAGAUUUUCAGUCCUUCAGAGAUAAUUAUUUCCUCUUCGACAAAAAAAUGGAUCCAUUGUUGGAUAUAAACCCAUUUGUAGCUGUUGGAGACGAUUGGAAAACUUUAAGAUCACAAAUGGGAUCUUUGUUCACGUCUAGUAAAAUCAAAACUAUGUUUCCUAUCAUUUACGAUACUGGUCGCAAGUUAGAAAAUUACAUUGAGAAAGAAAGGAAAACCUCGCUGGAAGUUAAAAGUCUAUGUGCCAAAUACACAAUAGAGAUAAUGGCAUCAGCAAGUUUUGGCCUGGAAGCUGAGACCUUCACAAAUCCUAAUUCACAUUUCACGAAACAUUGCGAAACAGUUUUUACGUCACAUGCUUGGAGUUACAUUCAUAACAUGGGGGCGAAUUUUUGGCUAUCUGUAUCGAAGAUUUUCAAUGUUCCAUUCGUACCUAAGAACAUGCAGGAAUGGCUACUAUCCGUCAUCAAAGAUGCUAUCGAGAAUCGAAAAUUAGAAACAGAAGCCAGAAAUGAUUUCUUGGAAAUAAUCCGUAACUCGAAGGACAGUUCUGGCAAACCCAUUAGUAUGAAUACAGUUUAUGGACACUGCACAUCUUUACUUUUGGAAGGUUUUGAAACAUCCAGUACAACAAUGGCAAAUUGUUUAUAUGAACUAGCGGAGAAUCUGGAUGUCCAGAAAAAACUUCAAGCCGAAGUUGAUGCAAUAUAUGACAAAUAUGAAGAUAAAAUCACCUACGAGGCAGUUGCAGAGAUGGCUUACUUGGAUAAAGUUAUGCAUGAAACACUUCGAAUGCAUCCACCCAUGCUAGCAACUAUCAAAAAGUGCACCGAAACCACAACGUUCCCACCUCAAUAUCCUAGCUCAAAGCCAAUUACUGUACCGGAAGGAUCGAUAAUUGUGAUUCCAAUUCUAGCGAUACACUAUGAUCCUGAAAUCUACCCCCAACCCAACGCUUUCAAUCCGGACAAUUUCAGUGAGGAAGCGCAAGCAGCGCGCAAUAAAUGCUCGUUUUUGGCUUUCGGCGAAGGACCUAGGAUUUGUGUAGGUCAGCGACUUGGGUUGACCCAAAGUAAAGCAGGAAUUGCAGCUAUACUCAGAAAGUUCAACGUUCGAAUAUCUCCAAAAACUCAAGUUCCUCUUCAGCUAUUGCCAGACACGUUCUUGAGUAACGCUAGGGGUGGAAUUUGGAUUGAUUUCGAGCCAAGAAAUAAUAAAGCGGCUUAAUUGUCAUACAGUAAAUAAAAAUUGAAAGUGAUCUCUUUGAAGUGAGAAUUAUAUGAAAAAGGAUGUAUGACAUCCCUUUUUAUUAAGAAUGAAUUGUAAUCCUAUCUCUACAGAUUGUAAAUACUCUGACGAUCUCUUUCGUAAUAAAGGUUUUGAGUAAA